CUAGACAAAGGUUUUGAUUCUCUGCUUGCUUGGUGGAGCAGGAGGGCUUUGUGAGGUAGUUUGAUGGCCUGAGUAUGUCUUCUGUGAGGCAGAAAGCCAAACUCUAGAAUUCGGAGGCUUUGCAUUCUAACACCAUGGAAUUCUGGGGGAGGGAUGACUAGGGAAGUUGAGUGAUGUUGAACCCUAAUUUUAUUCUGUGGGAUGUGGGAUACCCGAUAUAUACGUAUGGAUCUAUCUUCAUUAUUGCAUUAAUUAUUUGGCAUGUGAAAAGGAGCUAUCAGGGAUUAAGUGCCUAUCCAAAGAGGAGCUGCUGCCGGCGUCACCGAAAAGUCAGGCAGAGGGCUAAAGAUGCAGCAUCAAGAGCCAGGAGACUUUCCCGAGAAGAAGCUGAGAAGCCGUGGGAGCUGCUGUCUAUCAUGAAAAGCCAAAGCUGGCUCCCCAAGGAGGAACAUGUGCGGCAGCUCCUGUGUGUAGAUCCCUGCUGCCAAAUCUGUGAUGCUGCAACUCUAGAGAUUCGUCAGUUGCUGGAGAGCGAGCAAAGUCAGAUCUCCCCUGCUUUUUUGGUACUGCCACGGGGCUCUUCUUGCCUGGAGAUGGUGCCCAUGUCCAGUGCGUCUUUUGAGCAGAACGUGGAGCUUCAUUCCAGACCCUCCACAGACUUUCCACCAGCACCUGUGACCCAAACACUAACGGAACACUUAACACAGUCGACCAGCACAGCCGCAGUUCAACAGCACUGUGCGGAUCACCUCCUGUCAGGACAGGGAUUUCAUCGGGCAGACAUGCUCAUGGUCUCUGAGGCUGCAGCUUCUUCAAGGCUUAGGGAGCCUGCGGUUUUAGUGAAUGCCGAAGAGAUGAUGCACAGCGAACUAAGCUAUAACUACAUCCAGGAGAUCCAAGACCACCCAUCUUUCAACUCACAGACCCCUUUUCAAACCCUGAGCCCAGAUAGUAUUCACGUCACACAUCCGAUGACCCUGUCUCCUGUCACCACUGUCCUCCCGCCAUCCCACAAUCCGGAAGUGGUAAGGCUUCUUGAGCUACAUGUGAAAAAAUUGAUGCAUUUCCAAAGGUGGGGGCUCCCCAGACGUGUAGAGGAAUCACUAAGGCAACUUAUGCCAAACCCCCCAAUGUAUUUCCAGCUAGAAAAUAACCAACCAGUUUCUUUGAUCAUGAACAAUACUCCUCAAGACUAUGUUCACGGGUUUGGGAGUCUUUCCCCUGAGACCUGGUGCUCAUAUAAAGACAACCAACCUACCCAGAUCUUUUGGGUUUCUCAGUGGUCUAAUGUGGAGCUGGAACAAAAAGCACACUGCGGACAAAUCACAAGUCCUGUGGAGAAGUCCUUAUCCUCUCCUGACCAUGACAUUCUCCAUGGCAUCUGGCUACUGCCCGAGGGACAGGCGAACGACUCCAAGAACAAACUCCCGAAGACAUUCCCUCAGUUAUUCUGUGGCCUCCCUUCUAUACACAGCGAGUCUUUGGCGGCUACCUUCUUAGGCACUCAAGGUCUCUCCAAGGACACACCCGAGCCCUCCUGCAAAGAUCCUUACCUCUUGAAAGAGGCCUCGCCCUUCCUCUUGCCACCCCACACGCCACCUCCACCUACGGCAGUCCCUCCCUCUUCCUUGGCUUCCCCAAAAGAGUCUUUGUAUGAGCGCCAAGCUCAGAUCAACGUGCCGUGUCUGACUCUGGCUGAGUGUAAAGCCUUGGAAUGGCACCUUCUACAAAGACAGCUUCAGCUACAGUGGGGCCUGCCAGCUGUCAUCCCCGGAUCUCCCUAUGAGCAGAGCCACAUACGGUAUAAGCCAUGUAAUAAAGCAAAGCCCCACAAGACUUUAAAAGCCUCCUGGCCAAGAAAGUCAUCCGCAGUCCUCACCAGAGACCUGGCCUUCAUCCCAGAGCCUGCACGCAGGCUGCUGGAAUUCCACCUCCAGAAGCAGCUCAUUCACCUGCGCUGGGGCCUGCCCCAGAGGAUCCAACGCUCCAUUCACUUGGUCCUCUCCUCUCCUGACCAGAAGCCCCGGUCCUGCAGCAGCGGGGCACUACCCAAUGUGAGCAUCCUGCAGCCAGGAGACCCAGAGGCCGGGUCUGGUGACACAUCUGCAGUUGCAGUGGACAGAGGGUCAGUUCCCACACCUCACUUGUUUGGCCAGGCAAAGGCAAUGUUGAAGGCUCACAUUGAUUCCAAAUGUGGACAGAUCCACCAGGGCAAGGUCCCUGCCUGUGUCCAAAGCUCCUGGGAAUGCAGGAUUCCCAGGAGUUUGUCAGUCGGGGCUUCUUUCUCAAACAUUCCAGCAAGCCAACACCUGGAGCUACUGGCAGAAAAAAACCCUGACCUACAUCACAGAGCUGUUUCUCAGGAACCAGAACCAGCAGCCCUUGACCAGGAAAAAGAGGCCUUAUCAGGCACUCUCAUUGAACACUGUAAGCGGCCCCAAGCCCUACCUGAGGAAACCAUUAAGAAACUGGAGACGACGUUACGACAUAAGUAUCUGGCCUUCCUGUCAGGCCUGCCUGUGCAUUACUGUGUGACCCCCUCUAGAGCAACAUCCCCAGCAACUGUUAGCCAGGUGACCUUACCUGAAGACCCAUAUCGGAGUAGGCUUGAACCUUGUACUCAGGAUGAGAACGAGGCUUCUGCGCUCAUUGCACGGGAUGACAAUGAGACUUCUGAGGACAUUGCAGAAGAGGUCCAGCCUAAAGUGCAGGUGGCAGGAGAGACAGAGAAGGUGCCUCUAGAGACGCAGACAGAGAUCUUGGCGAAACUGAGUUUCCACCUGAAAAAAAAGGUUCUAGAGAUAAAGUUGGGAAUGCCUAUAAUAGAAAAUGAACUCAAAGAGUCAAAUGCAAAGGACCCAGAGAGUGAAUACACAGAGGAGCCUGUUGGGACUCUAAGUAUCCCAGAAAGCACAGCGCUACCACAACUGCCCAACUCAGGGGACUCUUCUCCGGCCCCAGAUGCAAACAGGGUCCACCUUGGAAAACAGCCAGCCUCUGCAGGGCAGGCUGUGUGCCUCAAGCAAAAGCAACCUAGUUCCAAAGCAGCGCCCUAUGGUUCUGCCCAGUGGGGCUCCAAGGCCUCACUCCUCAGGAAUAUGAUCAAGGCCCAAGUGAAAUUUGUUCAGCUGGAGACCAGUAGGGCAAAACCCAACCUAACCUUUAGCACUGAGCCUCAAAGCCCAGGCAAGAGCAGGUAUUCAGCCCAUGUCCCCACGCUGACAGAAAAGAGCAACAAGUUAGGGAAACCCAAGGCAGGGGGGGACCUUGAAGAAGGGGAUGCAGGUCUUGGGCUUUCCCCAACCGGUGGGGAGACAUACCAUGAUGGAGAUGAGGAGUCAGAAAAGAGGCCUCCCCCUGAGACACCCCAAGGCUCCUCAAAGCAGAGGCCUAGCUCUCAUCUUGAGGAUCCCUAUCUGCCCAGCCCCCAGAAUCUCUCAGAGUUUGAGUUCCCAGAACCACCUCCAGAAGUCGUUAUAGAGAUAGAUGCUGCACAGGACAUGCAAGACAGUCUGACUAAGGUAGAUGCCAUCCCGGAACCUGCAAGGAUUGCCAAGGUCCCCCAGCCUAUGGCCUCCAAGACUUCCCAGUGUCUGCCUUUCCCACACCCAUCAACUCAGGGAAAACCUUUUAGGGGCCAAACUUGGCAAGACCACAUUUCACGGAGACAGGUGAUGCCAGCCUCUCCUCACGCUAGCCCCAGCCUUCCAGGGGCUGGCUUGAAAAAUAAGAUGAAAGCCUUUCUUCACUCUAUGAGCCCCAAGAUAAAAGACAGAACCCACAAGAAAUCCACGGUCUCUACACCCGGGAAAGUAUCCAAACCCAGUAAAGAAAAUGUUAACAAGGGUCUGCCUCAAGCCAAAAGCCCCACCAAGGAAACUAAGAGAAAGAACUGCAGAGGGCCCAGGGCCCAACCUGCGCCCUCUGAGAAGUCAGUGAUCACAUCGUUUUCAACUGCUCCCCACAUUCUAGACAGUAAGCUUGGACCACGCUCUGGACAGCAUAGCUUUGUCUCAGUACCAGGCCAGCCCCGACACUGUCCUCGGCACUGCCCUAGAUUGGCUCGUACCACUCAAUACAGAAACCCACCCUAGGUCCCAAGGUUUACUUGGAAAUGUUCUUCUGCUAAUGGUGACCACUCAGGCUCUUCCGCUAGGCUCCCCCUCCUCGGUAUCUUUAAAGAGCAGUAUUAUUGUCAUUUCCUUUAAUGAACAGGUGGAUAAAAAAAAAACACCCAAAAUAUAUUCUGUACCUAUAAACAGUC